AUGAGAGAAUACUCAGAAGUAGCUGCUAUAUCUGAACAAAGACCUAACUUGAUCUUCUUUUCUGACAGCAGCAGGGCAAUAGUAGCAAUCGAGCUGACAGGGCCAUAUGAGUCGAGAAUAAGUGAAAAACAUGAAAUCAAGCUGGCGAGGCACCAGGAACUCACGAAAGAAAUCCAAAGCCAGGACUACGGCACACGACUUUUUGCUGUGAAAGAGGGAGUAAGGAGGUUACCUAGUGUAUCUGUCUACAACUUAUUGAAACAGCUCGGACUUUCAAGUCAGAGGAGAUCAAAGAUUCUCAGAGAAUUAGCAGCGACAGUACGCCCUCAAAUUGGAUAUAGGCAAAGAGAAGUGAUGAAAGCUGGAGAGUAG